CAAUGGCGACGGAGUCAUCGGAGGGAGAAGAGGAUGCGAAGCUGACGGGAGGGAACCAGCUGCUGGUAGUCGACGACGAUCUCAGAGAAAUGGGCAAGAAGGCUGCUUGGAGUGUCAGCUCCUGCAAGGCCGGCAAUGGCGUUUCGUCUCUCCGUGACGACAAUCUCGACACCUACUGGCAAUCCGACGGUGCGCAGCCUCAUUUGGUGAACGUUCAAUUCCAGAGGAAAGUGAAGCUCCAACUUGUUGUUCUCUAUGUGGAUUUCAAGCUUGAUGAGAGCUAUACGCCGUGUAAGAUCUCAAUCCGAGCUGGCGACGGCUUUCACAACUUGAAGGACAUAAAAACUGUGGAGCUUGAUAAGCCAACGGGUUGGGUUCAUAUAUCACUGUCUGGAAAUGAUCCAAGGGAAACUUUUGUCAACACUUUUAUGCUGCAAAUCUCUGUGUUAUCGAAUCACCUGAAUGGGAGAGACACUCACGUGCGCCAGAUCAAAGUUUACGGCCCUCGACCGAACCCUAUUCCGCAUCAGCCGUUUCAGUUUACUUCAAGGGAGUUCAUUACCUAUUCUACUGUGAGAUGAGAAAUGUGAUCCGACGAAGAAACAAAGAGACGGGAAAUGCCGGACCUUGAACUGAAACUGGACGGAAUCCCUAAACCACAUUCUAAGCGCCGCGAGGAAGUUUCUCUUUGUAAUAUUUGUAACAUUUUGAAUCUCCGAUGUAAUGUUCACCGGCAAUGAACUGAUGUUUGAUACAUUCAUUACAUAAUUUGAAUUUUCAACCGAGUUCUCUAA